AAAGAAUAGUAAAAUAUCAAAUUCUCUUUAAUAUAUAAUUACAAGAUUCAAAAUCGCGUGGAUGCAAGCGAUAAUAAUCUAGAAAACAAAUAAAAUAUUAAAUUCGCUUCAGCGUUGAAUCAUAAAACACUCGAAAUCGGUCCAAACUCUAACUAAACUUCACAAUACCCAUCAACGCAGCCUCCUCCCAUCCUCGAAAUCGUACACAAAAGGGUACUACUGCUCCCCUCGGUGGGCACCCUCCCACGCGCAAGAACCGAUCAAUCGCCACCCGUUAACAGCGCCCGAUCGCGUGUAUCGUGCACGCGAGCGCGAGUGGGCGACCGGUUCGAGCGGGUUUCCGAAAGGAAAAGGCAUUCCAGGCCGCAAAGUGGCGGAUCGCUUGCUGAUUGGAGGACGGUGUACGCGCGUACGCGUUCGGGACGGCCACUCCGCUUCCCUGCCCCCUGUUCCAGACAGAGAAAGGAACGGAGCGGAUCUUGCCCGUAGGGAGAGAGAGAGAGAGAGAUAUAACCGCGGCGCUGCGGUGAGAGUUUAGAGGCGAGUGUCGAGUAGAGCGCGCGCGGUCUCGAGUGGAAUGGAAUCGCGUGUGUUUCUUUCUUCCCCACUUGCCGGUGUGCGUCGCGUUGCAUACGUGCUCUACCGUGGUGUGCCCCGUGUGCGCGCGGGAUUAGGAGAGCCGCACCAGUAGGCCACCGGCGCUCGACGCCUUUGCGUCUCUUUUUCCGGCUCGCGCGGCUCCGACCUACCGUAAAACGAUGGUCCUCGAUCCGCCGAUGUAUAUCUAUCUGUCGCUGUAGAAUGGAUCGAUCGAGACUGAGAUUGGAACAACUUACGAAAUGAAAUAUCUUUCUCGAGUUCUCCACACACGUUCUCUACCUUUUUAUGUAAUUUUGGAUUUUCUCUCUUAUUCGAGUGUUCGAAUUAAUGGUAAUCGUGAAUUUUGUUGAAGAAAGAUGGAUCGAUCGAUGAGUAAAGAAUACGCUUUUUUUCCAUAAUUCCGAGUGUUUGGAUUGAAAACUGUGAAUGUUAUCAAUUUUUAACCUGCUUGUUCGAUCGGCUUACCUGAAAGAUCGCAGUGGUACCCGCUCGAUCUAUCACUCGAGGCUCGCCCUCGAAGACCGAUCGCGUGACGCGGGCAACAACUUUCGCGCCGGCAAAUUGCCCGUGCGAAUCUUCCCUCUUCGAUCGCCUCGAAUUUGUUGUUAAUAAUAUAAUAAUAACAAUUUACAAGUCAUUUGUUAAGAGUAGAUAACGGUAGUGAUGUAGAAAGAAUAAAGAAAAAAGGGAAGAGAAACGGUGACAAUUAUGAUGAAUCCGAAUACGGAGACGGAAGAAAGUAUUUAAAUGACAAGAGAAUUAUGAAGAAAAAGAACCAGGAACGUCAGAGAGACAAUUGUCAUUAAAGAAAGAAAAGAAAUCGGUUAAGAAUCAGUUGUAGUUGUCCAUAAAAGUGUAAGAAAAAAAGACACGGUUCGAAGAUGCUUAUCUUAAACGUUGAGAAAAAUUCGCAUAAACUGUCCUAAAACGAGAAAUAAAGAAGAAAUAAAUAAAUAAGUGUGUUGUCCCACGUUUCGGAUUCGAGUGUGUCGAAACGAUUCGCGUGCGGAAUCGGCGAUUGUGCGUCCAUAAGUGGAAUUUUAAAUUGACAACGAUUUUGAAAUAUCCAGACUUGUUUGACGAAAAAUCGUGCGUAUACUGUAAAACUACGAUUAUUUGCAAUUUAAUCUGGCUAAUCUGGAAUCGAGCCAGCCGCAGUCUGGCUAUCUUGUCUGAUAUUAGGCGCAAACUAUUGGUAUCGCAUCGAGAGAAGUAAGAGUCGUUGCAUCGAGAAAAAUAUUUUUAAAUGUGUGCAUGGACGUUGAAAGCUUUAUUUUGUGUGUAUGCACUGUCAUUAUGGUGCACGGGAGCAAGUAAUAUCGGUGUUCCGAGGAUGAGAUUGCGGAACGAUUGUUUGGGAGGAUAACCGCGAAUUACGUGCAGUGUCGGGAGUUUGUGACUUUCCUUCUGAUACGUUAGAAGACGUGCAACGGUUAUUGCGUAUCGUAAAAUUAAUGCGUUUAACCUUCUGGGAGAAAGGAAUAAAAAUUGUUUGGAAAUUUUGCGAGGAACAGAUGUUAAUUCGAUGAUGUAACAAUUGAUGAUACCGAAUGAGAUGAUUUUUCAAUUUUGUUUGUAUAUUUUUACGAGAAAAUAUCAAACAAGAUUUUUGUAAUGUUAAGGUAGAUUAAGAAUAAUAUGAAAUUAAAAAUCAAGAAUAGAAUAAAGGAGAGCAAAUGCAACGGAAGAAUUUAUAAAUUGCAGUUAAAAAAUAAUUUUGACACAUAGGAACAAAAACUUUUUUUACAAAAAUAUUAAAAUAUUAUUAAAAUAAGCUUUUUAAGAAUGAAAUAAUAUUAAAAAACUAUAUUGUCGAUAAAUAAUUUUUAUAAAAAUAACAUUGGUUUGGAAAUUAGAAAUUAAGAUAUUGAAACAAUUUUUUUUUCUCUACCUCCUAGAAAUCCAGUCUCCACUCAGACAAAAAUAACAAGAUGCUAAAACAAGAACAAAAUGAGUCUUGUACGAUAUUAAGACGAUAAAUAUAACAGGACGAUGUAAUAAAUUGCAUUAUCGAUAAGCAAUUUUGAUAAAUCAAAAAACAUCAAUCAUUUUACAAAUUUCGAAUAAUCAAAACAAUUUUUUUAACAACUCGAUAUCAGAGUUUAAUAAUAAUAGAAAGACAAAUAAAAGUUUUUACGAACCGAACUGUAAACAAGUAAUUUUCGUCGAAUCGAUGAUCACUUUAAAAUAUUAAAAUAUUAAAACUAAAUUCUAAAAAUGCCCGUUCGGAGAUUAUAAAGAUCCUGAAAGGAAUAUGAAAUCUUUAAAAAUUGAUUCGACGCUUAUCUACGAGCGGAUCGAGAAGUAUCGAAGAGAAACAGCGGCGCCUCCAAUUCGCGGAAUACCCUCGUAACGGCGAUGACGCGCGUCGAGUAGUUAUUUCGGAUGUACAUCAUCGAGGAAGAUAGUGGGGACGACGGCGGAUGCCGUCUGAUCUCCGUCCGUCAGUGCGUCGACGCUGACGGAGCGCGCGAGACAUCGUGUCCUAAAGACCAACCGAGUUUUCCUGACCAAGACGACGUCGACACCGCUAGCCUGCUGGACGUCAACUGUUUCCCACGUGUGCACAAGACACCGCACAUCCUCAAGAAAUCCGUCUCCCUGGAGGAGAAGAGUCGCGAGUCGAAGAAGGAUCAGUUCCUCAAAUCGUCUUCUCGUCGCGUGGACUCGUCGUUCGAAUCUGAGACGCGAAAUCAGGAUGAGGAUAUCUCGCGGGAUAAAAUAAUCGAGGAAAAUGGGAUCAAUGCGGGAAACGAGAAGCUGGAAAUCUCUAUAAAGUUGUUGGAAGUGGUGGAUUGCAAGAGUAUUUGCGACGAUCAAGGGUACAAAACAACGGUGAACUUUCAGUACAGAGACACUCUAACGAGAUACUCUUCCAAUGCGUCGAAGAUCGAGAAGGCGCGCGGGUUGAGGAGAAGCGUGUCUGCGCCUGGAAACGGGUCUUGCCAAGAGUCUGAGAACACGGAUACCUCGACAACCAAAGAUAGCGACAGCCAAAGCACCUCGAAGGAUUGCAAGGAUACCAAAGAGUUCGUGUUCGCGAAAAAGGGUCCGAAGAAUGUUCCGUCGAGUAAAACGGAUGGCGGCCAAUUGACCAGAUAUCGUUCGAGGACGAGCAGAUCGCAGGAAUUCACGACCAAGACCGAGCAAUUGAUCGCUAGGAGGCAGGAUCAUUCCGGUCGAAGGGCGAGAGCCUCCUCGUUCGUGAUCGAGAGGAAGAAGUAUCGCCAGGCUGCAAUUGCAUCUUCCAAGUCCAGCGAGGAUCUGUCGAGGUGUUCGUUGGGUAGCAACGAUACCACGGAGGCCGAUGGAAUGCGGAAUUGCAACAGCGCUGUGGCGGGCGUCGACGAGAACGAAGGAUGCGUCCUGCUCGGGGUUCGAUCCCUCGAGGAAGGCCCUCAGCCGUUGUCUCUGAUCCCACGGCAGGAGGACAGGUGUACCAGGAGGGACAGGGAGCGCGCUAGGAUCCUUAGACGGAGGAGAAUCAAUGGAAGAUCGGCCUCGGUGCCUAGAGUACAUGUGAGUCGAGAUUUUAAAACGAUUGACGAUCGAUAUAUAAUGCGGGUUCGAUUCUUUAAAUCGAGGAGGAUAUAUUGAAGCUGAUGAACAAAAAAUUAUCAAUUAUUUUUUUAUCGUCAUGGAAUAUAAGUUAGGUCAGCAGAAAAAUGUAAGAUUUAUAGUUGAAAUUCUAUCUAUUAAAUUUUUCUUAAUCAACGUGUAUAAACGAGCGAGUGCAAACAACUAUAGCGAGUGAGAAUAACGAGCAAUAAAAUAAUGGAAUAAUAAUGAAUAAA